GCGCUGACCCAUUUCUGCUGUAAUGACGCAGCUUCCGGGUCACAGGACACCAGCACUAAACAUGGCGGAGGAUCUGUUGGAAGUGGUGGAGAGACUUCAGUCUCGGCUCUCCGAAAACCUAGAGCCUCGCAAGCUCCUGAAGACUCUCAAAAGGCUGGGGGAGCUGCCUAUGACUGUGGAUAUCCUUGUGGAAACUGGAGUAGGAAAAACUGUGAAUUCGUUCCGGAAACAUGAUCUUGCUGGAGAUCUUGCGAAGAGCCUUGUGGCCAAGUGGAAGAAACUGGUUCCCACCCCGUCUGCUGAAAGACCCAGCAACGCGAAGGAUGUACGGACACACGCGCACCCUCGCAGCGCCGAGGGAAAGGAAGGGAGGCGCGAACGUGUCCGGGAACUAUCCCCGGAGGAGCCGCCUCAUGUAGAGGAGGACGAAGAGGAGGAGGAAAGAGGCUACCGCACAAACUACUCCCCCUCCCCCCCUCAGCACCACGACAGCCCCCCACAGCUUGGCCACGGUGGCCAACGAGGGGGGUACCAGUCGGAGGGCUACGAGAGCCCCACAGAGGAAGAGCCAGAGCCCACGCCCAGCCCCCCUCGCAAAGAGGUCCGACACGCCAAACCGCAAAAAGAGCCUGGGAGGGAGCAUCACGGUUCCCACGGCGAUCGGGGCGAGGAGAGACGGCAACGUCACGCCCAGGCGAGCAGCCGUGGUGGCGAAGGGAAGAAGAGCAGCGUGGGAAAGGAACCGCAGCACAGUGGCAAGGCCUCCAAGCACAGUCGGCACUCCACGCAGCACGAGAGCAAGAAGGACAAGAGAGGGGGAAGUGAUGGGAGGUCACGUGAGCCUAGGGACUCUCCUAUAUUAGCCCAGACACCUGAGGAGCAGGCAGAAGAGGCAUUUGAUACCCCCACCGUGUCGUUUGAAUCCUUCCUCACAUAUGACGCCCCUACGCCCACUAAGAAGAAGAAGAAGCCCGGCAGCAGCAGUCGGCCCUCCUCCCACCACCACACACCUCCUCGUCCUCCUGUCCAGCCUUCGCCUGCUGCACCUUCCUCCUCCAAGGAGUCCAAGCCCAGCAAAGCAAACGGGAACCGCAGCAAGAGGGCUGAUCCAGCCCAGACGGCAACGACCCCGGUGCCUGAGAAACGCAGGAGGGUGGUCGAGGUUGUGUCCACACUUCCUGACAUCCCUCUGCCGGCCAUCCAGCCUUACUACAGACCUCUGCCUUCCAUUGAUCUCACACCAUUGUCUCCUCAGCGACGCAAAGGUCCUGUGUCAAAUGACGCCGAGGAGGACACCGGCUUCACUGGGAGACGCUUUAACUCUAAAAUGACGGUCUACUCGGGUUCAAAGACAUCCUAUCUGCCCAAGAUGAUGAGUCUGUACGAGCAGUGCAUCAGGGUGCUACAAAACAACAUUGACUCAAUUGAUGAGGUGGGAGGCGUGCCUUUCGAGAUACUGGAACCAGUACUAGAGCGAUGCACCCCAGAACAGCUUUACCGCAUUGAGCAGUGCAAUCAGAGUGUAAGAGUAUUGUGGUGGGCUUUCCACUACGUUGAGACAUUAACUUUGGAGUUCUUUAACGGAGUUACUCCAUCAUAUGAUGCUGUUUUUACUGCUUCGAUAUUAAACCAGCAAGAGGUACUGGGUAAUUUAUCACUCACCAGGUUCCUAUUCCUUCAAGCGGGUCACGACAUAAGCUCUCCCAGGGUGUCAUACCCCUGCUCCGUGGCCUUGUAGGCUUGGCUGAGCUUAUGGCUUCCCUUUGUGACAUGUGUGAUGGUGGCAUCCCCCUGGGGAUGCGCAUACCUUGUGUAUGCACUGCCUGGGUUUGAGUCACGCAGAGAGGGUGGUGGAGUGCCCUACUGGAUGCCUGUUUUUUGUGUGGUGUUCUAAGAGGCCAUGUGUGAGUGGUUUGGCCAGGCUCAGGCUGGGGAAGAGCUCCCUCAGGAUUGGUGCGCCAGCGAGCUGUUAGUCCCUCUCCUGGGCACAGUACCCAUCCCAGGAAGCGUGGCCGGAGCCACCGCAGGCGGAGCCCAUCUGCUGCUAGUCCUGGAUGGGGGCAGUAGUUGGACCGCUGGGACUACCUUGAACGGAGGGCGCAUGCCCUGCGUCAGGAGAUUGAUAGGCUGUUCCUGGGGGAUGAUGCUGGCACUGUUCACCACCGUGAGCGGGGCUGCCAGGCCAUCAGAAGCCGGCAGCGGGGAUUCAUCGCCCCCACCUGCUUGAGAGGCUAUGAGGAACCUACUCACUAGGGCAGCCACUGCACUGGACAUCAAACUAGUGGAUAGUGAUGACUUUCCAUCUCUGCUGAGUUCUGCGAGGCGUUACAGAAGAGCUGGGCCUCUGUCAGGGGGUGCUUCCGACUCACAGCAGAGACUGGACCAUGGAGUUAUGUUUGCAGGCGCAGAGUCAUUUGGCCUCUGGGAGUACCCGAUCAUAGACACCAUGAUAGGUGCCAUGGUCCUCCCGCACCGGGAGAUUAUAGGAUGGAACCUGCGACUGAAGCCGGGACCCCCCAGUCUUUGAGUCUUUGAUGCGGACUUGAAAGCCACAUAUGGGUCCCUCUGCUUUCUUGGCUGCCCUACCAACUGCCUUACCAUGCAGCUGCAGGCCUACCUGCAUACUCUGUUUCCCCGGCUACAGGAGGGCACAGAGAAGCUCCUCCAGUAAGCGAUGGAGGUGUCUCGCCUGCUUUUCCUGUUCCAGGAGGGAUGUGGCCCGUGCCGGGAUGUGGCCAUGUGGUUGCCUCCCGUCGCCAUCUCUGGUUGGCCCAAUCCCGUCUCUCAGCUGCUCUCCAGAUCCACUCUCCAUCACCCCAGCGCUUACGUUUGGCUUAGGGGUUGAUGACAUUCUGGAACAGACCGAUUAAUGUUCGUAGGGAUCCGGAGACCCUGAGACGGUUUAUGCCGCCGCCUCAGGCCCGGGUCCAAGGCAGACGGACCGUCGCCUUGGACCCGGGAGAAGCGGCCGUGGGAGGAGGGUGUGGAGUCCCCCUGGGCGUUGUCCACAAUGCUUGAGGGGUACCAAUUCUGGUGCCGGCCCCCGUCCUUCAGGGGCCUUCGUGUCACCACGGUCCGCAGGAUCGAGACAUCAGAACGGCUAGGUGGGUUCUACACUUAUUUUGUGGUCCCAAAAGGAGACAGAGGGUUUUGACCGAUUUUGGACCUCCGCAACCUCAAUGGGUAUUUGAAGGUACUGAGGUUCCACAUGCUGUCCCCAGCCCGUGUGUUGCAGGCCGUGUCCAGGGACCAGUGGUUUGCGACGCUGGACCUGAGCGAUGCGUACUUCCAUGUUCCUGUUCACCCAUCUCAUUGGCAGUACCUCCGAUUCGCUUUCGAAUGGACGGCUUACGAAUUCAUGGUUCUUUCCUGCUGCCUCUCCUUGGCACCCCGCACUUUCACAAAGUGCAUGGACGCUGUCCUGGCACCUCUCACGUCCAGAGGAUUGUUAAUCCUUAAUUACCUGGACGAUUGGCUGAUUUGUGACAUGAGACAUGUUCCUGACCCACAUCGGCAGGCUGGGCAUUACUGUAAACAACAAGAAGAGUCGUCUGACUCGCACCCAGAGGGUGACCUUCAUUGGCAUGGAACUGGACUCCUGCCCACCAGAAGGGUUCAGGUGAUCUUAUCUUGCCUCGACCACUUUCGGCAGGGGCGGGUACUGUCCGUCCUGACCUGCCAAUGCCUGUUGGGCUUGCUGAUGGUGGCCUCGUUGCUGAUUCCCCUGGGCCUGCUCCAUCUCCGGCCUCUUCAACAAUGGUUCAACUCUCACCGGCUGCACCCAAAGCGCCACCAUCGCCGCCAGCUGCGGGUGACCGCACAGUGCCUCAGGGCAUUGUUGAAGUGGCGCUGUCGCUCCGUUCUCUCAGGUAGGGUGGAGAUGCUGAGGAUGUGCAGCUGUUGGCUACCCCCUUGGAGUGGCAGGCACAUCAAUGCACUACAGCUAUACUGCUGGCCCUGUUGUCUUUCCUUCCACAUCUGAAGGGAAGACAUGUCCUGGUGAGAAUUGACAACACCACAGUGGUGGCUUAUAUCAACCAUCAGGGUGGACUGAGGUCGCACCGUCGCCAUCUUAUGGCACAGAGCUCCUUCUCUGGGAUCAGUGAUGUCUAGCGUCUCUAUGCGCAACGCACGUACCUGGCAUCCUGAAUAUGGCUGUGGAUAUGUUCUCGGGAGGGCCUGCCACAUUGGGACUGGAGCCUACAUCCCCAAGUGGUGCCGCACCUGUGCGACAAGUUCGGGAGGGCACAGGUGGACCUGUUUGCCUCCCUGGACAAUGCAUAUUUCCCCCUGUGGUACUCCAUGUCGGAGCGAACAAGGCCUCUGGGAAUGGAUGCUCUGGCUCACAAUUGGCCAGGGCUGGAGCUUUUACACAUUCCCCCCUUUUCCCCUGAUCCAGGCUGUGCUGGAUGGGACCAGGAUGGCGGAGAAUUGUCUGCUGCUUUUGGCCCCAUACUAGCCCAGACGACCCUGGUUCAGCCUUCUUCUGUCCCUGUUGUUUGGGACACCUUGGCAACUUCCCCUGAGACACGACCUGCUGUUUCAGGCCGGGGAACUCUGUGGUAUCCGAGACCGUGGAUGGACAGGCCAGUGGGGCGCCAUCCCUUGGUCUCCAGGUUUAUGAAGUGUGUUCGUCGCCUGCGUCCAGCUAGGACCCGCUCAAUGCCGACCUGGGAUCUGGAUGUGGUCUUGGCAGCUUUGGCAAAGCCGCCUUUCGACCUGUUGGGAGUCUGCCUCCCUGUAACACCUCUCUAUGAAGGUGUUUUUCUUGGUAGCGAUUACUUCCAUGAAGAGGGUGGGUGAGCUCCAUGCUCUAUCGGUAAGUUCUGAGUGCUACCGGAUGGACCCUGGUGGGAGGAGUAUAUCUCUCCACCACAACCCUUCAGUACUCCCGAAGGUUCUUUCAGACAGGCAUGUGAACAUCCCUUUUAUCCUGUCUGCUUACGAACCCACUAAGCGCAAACCAGAUGGGAUAUCAUUUGUUUUUCAACAGGACAAUGACCCAACACUCCUCCAGGCUGUGUAAGGGCUAUUUGACCAAGAAGGAGAGUCAGAUGACCUGCAUCAGAUGACCUGUCCUCCACAAUCACCCGGCCUCAACCCAAUUGAGAUGAUUUGGGAUGAGUUGGACCGCAGAGUGAAGGAAAAGCAGCCAACAAGUGCUUAGCAAAUGUGGGGACUCCUUCCAGACUGUUGGAAAAGCAUUCCAGGUGAAGCGGGUUGAGAGAAUGCCAAGAUUGUGCAAAGCUGUCAUCAAGGCAAAGGGUGGCUACUUUGAAGAAUAUAAAAUAUAUUUUGAUUUGUUGGACUCUUGUUUGGUUACUACAUGAUUCCAUAUGUGUUAUUUCAUAGUUUUGAUGUCUUAACUAUUAUUCUACAAUGUAGAAAAUUGUAAAAAUGAAGAAAAAACCUUGAAUGAGUAGGUGUGUCCAAACUUUUGACUGGUACUGUAUGUGUGUGUGUUUUCCUCGCAGGUCGACAGGUUAAAAUGGCAUUUGUGAACUCGGUCGCAAAACCUCCACGUGAUGUCCGCCGGCGACAGGAGAAGUUUGGCACUACAAGCACCUCCACUGCCAGCUCCACCGCAGCUGCUGCUCCGAUCAA